AUGGAGUCGUCGUCGUUGUCGUCAUCGGCGUCGGAGAAGUUAGCUCAGCUGUCGUCUUCUCUCAAUCGAUUCAGAGCUUCCGCGAACUCUUUGCUAUCGGAAUAUGAACCUCUCGCUUUGCUCGCCGCUCCGAUUCUCACUCUUCUUCUUGCUUCGAUACUCCAAUCCGCUGUCGACGUUGUAUCGGAGAGAGGAUUUAAAGCUACAGUUAUAGGCCUCUUCAUGAGCUUCCUGAAAUUAAUUCCUGGAGUACAGCGAUAUAUCGACGCCGAAAAGCAAAAGGUUGUUGAUAAAAUGCAAGCUUCUGGAAAGUCAAAAAAGGAUGGAUUGAUUAGUGAGUUGCCUCGUACGGGACUUGGAGUUGGAACCCUUGAGAAAAUGAAGAAUGAGAAACAAAAGGAUGUGGUCUGGCAGGGUAGAUGUUCUGGUACAGUCUACAUUGGAGGAACUGAGCAGGAAGGACAUUUUUCUCUAAUAAACGAGGCAUGUUCAAUGUUUGCACAUACUAAUCCACUGCACCUUGAUGUAUUCCCAAGUGUUGCAAGAUUUGAAGCUGAGGUGGUUGCUAUGACUGCCACUUUGCUAGGAAGUAAGGAAAAGGCUUCUGGAGGACAAGUUUGUGGCAACAUGACAUCAGGAGGGACAGAAAGCAUAUUAUUGGCAGUGAAAUCAUCACGUGAUUACAUGAGAGCUAAAAAGGGGAUAACCAAACCGGAAAUGAUAAUACCAGUGUCAGCCCACUCAGCGUAUGACAAAGCUGCUCAAUAUUUUAAAAUCAAACUUCGGCGAGUAGCAGUGGACAACCAAUUUCGAGCAGAUGUGAAAGAUAUUAAAAGAAACAUCAACAGAAAUACUAUAAUGAUUGUUGGAUCUGCGCCUGGAUUUCCACAUGGAAUUAUUGACCCAAUUGAGGAGCUUGGUGAAUUAGCUUCCAGUUUUGGAAUAUGUCUACACGUAGACCUCUGCUUGGGUGGCUUUGUAUUACCAUUUGCCCGCAAACUUGGGUAUCCAGUGCCACCAUAUGAUUUUUCCGUCGAAGGAGUAACCUCAAUAUCAGCGGAUGUACACAAAUAUGGCUUGGCUCCCAAGGGAACUAGUGUUGUUCUGUACAGGAACCAUGAAAUCCGAAAGCAUCAAUUUGUUGCUGUUACUGAGUGGUCUGGUGGGCUUUAUGUAUCUCCAACCAUUGCUGGGAGCAGACCUGGAGGUUUGAUUGCUGGUGCUUGGGCUGCAAUGAUGUCUCUUGGAUUAGAAGGAUACAUGGAAAACACCAGGGCCAUUAUGGAAGCUUCAAAGAGAAUACAGAAGGGAAUACAGGAAAUUCCGGAACUAAUUGUUAUUGGACGGCCUGAUAUGACGAUUGUGGCCUUUGGAUCUGAUGUUGUGGACAUUUUUGAAGUGAAUGACUUAAUGUCAGCCAAAAACUGGCACUUGAAUGCUUUACAGAGGCCUAACAGCAUUCACAUCUGUGUGACUCUUCAACAUGUACACGUUGUUGAAGACUUCCUGAAAGAUCUGAAGGAUGCUGUUCGUAAGGUGAAAGAAAAUCCAGGCCCUAUUAGUGGAGGGCUUGCUCCAAUUUAUGGCGCUGCCGGGAGGAUGCCCGAUAGAGGAAUGGUCCAAGAUUUGUUGGUUGAUUACAUGGAUAACUCCUGCUAG